AGUUUGGAUUUGGUGGAAGAUUACGCAUAUGAAAUUGGACUCAUUUAUGGAAUUUCAAAGCCUCGGUUUAGUUCGCGCUUUUAUCUCGUCCCUUUGAUGUCUGCUAGUCGCAGUGUCAGUUCUCAAAUUAUCAUUGGUGAGGUGUUGGCAGCUCUUGUUGCAUACCGUCAUGCCCGGAAUGCUCUUGUUGCAGACCGUCAUGCCGGGAUUGCUCUUGCUGCACUUGGUUAUGCUGUUAUUCUAAAGGAAAACGCCCGACCCCUGGACGCGCCAAAUCUCCAAAAUGUACGAAGGUCCGUUGAAGCGAACCAAAUUUCUGGUGUAAUACCAUCUGAACUCGGGAAAUUAGUCAACCUGCAAACCUUGAUGCUGUCCUCUAAUCAAUUCUCCGGAAACUUGCCAACAUCCUUUGCUAGGCUCCGUAAUCUAACAGAUCUGAGGUUAGAUGACAAUAAGUUCACAGGAGUAAUUCCCAACUUCAUGCACAAUUGGAAAAAGCUUACGAGACUACAACUGCAUGGAAGUGGACUGGAGGGCCCCAUUCCUUCAAGUAUUUCUCUUUUGACUAAUUUAGUUGAGCUGAGAAUUAGUGACAUUAAAGGAUCAAGCCAAGGUUUUCCUCAGCUGAGCAACGUGACAGGCUUAUUGAGAUUGAUUUUGAGGAGCUGUAACAUUUCCGGGGAGCUUCCUGCCUAUAUUUGGACGAUGAAGACUCUUGAAGUGUUUGGAAUACCCUGUUUCAAUUUCUCGUGGGUCUGUUGUAGCUGUCGUUCAACAAGCUGUCGUUGUCUAGCGCUGCUGUCCUGUUGUGGCUGCAGCUGCGACUGCGACUGCAAUCCAUGUAAAUGUUGUUCAUGCUUCAGAGGAUGAGGACAGAGAGGCAUUGCAGUAUAUUAUCAACAACAUUAAACUAAAUGAAGGCUAUUUAACCCUUGCUCGGGAUAUUGAGGUCAUGGAGCCCAAGUCUCUAGAAGAUAUCUAUAAGGUAUGGAUUUUGAUGAUACAAUUUGUGCUGGAAGCUGAUUUGCUUUACAUUCUGUUAU